GAGCCGACCAAUGGCUCGUUUCCAUCCCCUGCGCCGUCCGCUGCGCAAGCGCAGCGACGGUUCUCGCGCGGCCAUUGACUCGGGCUAGGGGUGGGUCCGGAACCUGCGUGCGGCGGAACCUUUUCCUCUGCGCUCCAGGUUGCGUGGGGCGCAUCUCCGUGACGCGUUUCCGGGCGCCAUACUUCCGGGGCAUGCGGCGCGGCGAGCUGAGUUUUAAACAGCCAUGGCCCUGCGGGUCUGGCGUCAGCGGACUCUGAAGCGGUGUCUGGACGAGGUUGGUGAGAACACAGGCCGGCCGGAGGGCUUCCUCACGGUUCAAGAUGAAUUGGCAUCAAGCUUCACUUCCUUGACAAAAGUGCUGUAUGACUUUAAUAAAGUGCUGGAGCGCGGCAGGAUCCCCGGGAGCCCUUUGCAGAAACUGGUGGUCGACCGUUUUGACGACGAGCAGAUUUGGCAGCAGCUGGAGCUUCAGAAUGAGCCGGUGCUGCGGUACUUUGAGAGCGCCGUCCGUGACACCAUCGAGGACGGGGACCUCAGCCUUCUCCCGGAGGAGGAGGAGCAGGAGGGUGGGGAGGAUGGCUCGGAGAUGGAGGCAAUAAAGCAGGAGGGCCUAGGACAGGAGGAGGGGGAGGAGGAGGAGGAGGAAGGGUCAGACCUAAGCGGUGAUGAUCCCAAAGGGGAGGAGACAACCAGACAUCCCGGCCAGUGUGAUCUGAGGAGAAGCCCCGUCUUCAGCGAUGAGGAUUCUGACCUUGACUUUGAUAUCGACAAGCUGGAACGGCAGAGCAGGGCGCAAAGCCACAUGCCCAAGAAGCCCAGGGAGAAGUCCGUGGUGGACGACAAAUUCUUCAAGCUCUCUGAGAUGGAGAGCUUUUUAGAAACCGUGGAAAAAGAAGAGGAACGAAAAGGGGACGACGACGAGGACGACGACGAGGAGAUUGAUUUAUUUGAAGAUCUUGAUUCCGACGGAGAUGAGGGAGGACUGUUUGGACGUCAGAAACCCAAGUCGGGUAAAAGUUCCAGAAACCUGAAGUACAAGGAUUUCUUCGAUCCGGUUGAAAGUGAUGAAGACACGGCGGGUGCGCCCGAUGAGGAGCUGGGCUCCGGGGAAGAAGAGGGAGAGACUGCUGAGCGGGGAGGAGAGGAGAGCCUCUCGGACACGGAUGAAGAGAAUGACCUUGAAGAAACCGAAGACAAUAAACAACGUAAAGAAACGAAGAGGGUGACCUUCGCCCUGCCAGACGACGAGGAAUCUGGAGAUGAUGAGGAACCUGAAGAGACAAGCGUCUUAGACGCACAGAAAGAGCCUGCUGAAGUCAAGUCCUCCUUUGAAAAGAGACAGGAAAAGAUGAAUGAAAAAAUCGCAUCUUUAGAAAAAGAGCUGCUGGAAAAGAAGCCAUGGCAGCUUCAGGGGGAGGUGACGGCACAGAAGCGCCCGGAGAACAGCCUGCUGGAGGAGACCCUGCACUUCGACCACGCCGUCCGCAUGGCGCCGGUGAUCACUGAGGAGACCACGCUGCAGCUGGAAGACAUCAUCAAGCAGCGGAUCAGAGACCAGGCGUGGGAUGACGUCGUCCGGAAGGAGAAGCCCAAGGAGGACGCGUUCGAGUAUAAGAAGCGGCUCACGCUGGACCACGAGAAGAGCAAGCUGAGCCUCGCGGAAAUAUACGAGCAGGAGUACAUCAAGCUCAGCCAGCAAAAAACAGAAGAAGAGGAAAACCCCGAGCACGCGGCCAUCCAGAAGAUGAUGGACGCCCUGUUCCUGAAGCUGGACGCCCUCUCCAACUUCCACUUCACCCCCAAGCCCCCCGUUCCGGAGAUUAAAGUUGUGUCCAACCUGCCAGCCAUCACCAUGGAGGAAGUCGCCCCCGUGAGUGUCAGCGACGCAGCUCUCCUGGCCCCAGAGGAAGUCAAGGUGAGGAGCCGGUGA